AUGUUCCCACGAUGGACGAUCUGGAUCGCCUGGUCCACGCGAAUUAUCCCGUGUUGUCCACUGACUGGCCUCAUCGCUAUCGGGCUAGUUCCUGGAGGCAUCGCAGGGAUAGUGUAUAAACGCACUACAACUUCGCCCUGCACAUCCCCCUACGAGUUGCAGAGCGAGUCCAUCUGCAUCGAUGACACCCAGACGCAGAGCCUUACCCUGCUGGCGAAUUGCGGGUACACUUGGAAUGUAACCGAUGCCGAUGUGACCUCCUGGUUCAUCGACUACAACGAUAAUCCGGCGUUCCCCCGCAGUACCCAUGUCGCCCAGGCAGUUACUAGCAACAGUACUGUUCUGAACAUUCAGCUCGACGCCUCGAAGAUCACAGGCUUCAGCGUCAAUGGCCCGAGCACGCUCAAUGUUCUACCACUCGCUAGCGCCCUGAUGAGCGGGCAAGCCAGACCUACCCUUACUCGCACCAAGGUCGGGCAGUACAACAUUCCCUGGCUGAGCGUCAAGAGCGACAUCACGGGCGGCGCAUAUACGCAUGCGAAGAGCACGCUGAAGCAGAUGUUCGGCGUGAACGUGACGUAUGACCCCAACACGCACGCGCAGCUGUCGCUGGAGCUGCCGGGGCUGGUGGACGCUUCUAUCGGGACUGAAAAUGCCUCGGUCACCCUCGCGGGGGGUGAUGGGUACUAUACCUCUGAAUAUACCCUCCGCGCGGAUACAUUGAUAGAGUCCUGGAAGAACGGCAAGACCAACUAUAACCUCCGCGAAGGCGAUUUGGUAAUCAACAUGGGCGACUAUCUGAUUGUCGAUACGGACAGCGGACGCGAAUGGAGCUGUCUGGGGGGCGACGGACAGGGGAACUAUAUAUUCAAACUGGAGGUGGCGGGGAUCACGUACAAUGGCCUCCCCGUGGCCUCGCAGCAGUUCAGCAUCCACAUCUACAUUUACGGGUAUAACUACUCCAGCGAUGCGGCCACCAAGUACGGGGCAGGCACCACUAUUGAACCUGUCUUUAAGCCCCUGAGCGACAAGAUCGACCAGGCCCCUGAGGCGGGGUCUGUGCCAGUGUUCACCUGGGUUGGGGAAGGCGAUGAGCCGAACCUGGCUGAUGCGUUCGAGGACGAUGUUUACAUCACCUGGCCGACGGAUACCGAUGCGUCUGAUUUGGAGGCGGGGGAUAUUGAGAUUGUCUUGUCCAACCUCUUCGGGGAUAAGAUCACGUUGGGACCUGAUCUGGACUACUUGGUCAACACUUCCAGUAGCGAGACCCAGAUAGCGAUUGUCCUGCAGAACUGGCCCUUCCAGCCCGUGUACACUGAGAUGACCAUCGCAGUCAAUGCAGCGAGGCUGCACUGCACCAUUCCAGCCGUGGAUGCCCUUCGCACCACCUACAAGAUCGUCAGCGUGUACGUCUACCUCACGCAGCAAGGGGGUGGGGGCACCACCAUCGACGGGACGGUGACCACGUACAGCUUCUACGGACUAGCCAAUCUGACGGACGUCAACCAGAUCACGGUGCCGUCCAACUACACACUCAGUACGACGGUCGAUGGAGCCACCCAGUAUUUCUCGGAAACCACCAACGGGACUGGUGUCUUUACACACUCCAGCUCUGCGGCAACGGUGUUUGACGGCUCGGGCGUCGAUGAUCUGAAUGUGCAGUUGAUCGGCAACACAGUGUAUGUGACGACACGGAUCAAUGCCACCGCCACCAAGACCGUGAAAGGGGAGCCCGUCACUUUCACCAAGGCGUACAAUGGGGGCGUUACGCUGUCUCCCAACGAGGUGUCACCAUACCUGCACGGGGCGCCCGGGUAUACGAUCAACCGGACUGCGACGUGGAUCUUCCAUGAGAAAUGGGCGUGGCAGGAGAGCGUCGCGAUCGGCUGGGGCGGGAUCGAUGUGCUGCCUUACUCGGGGAAAUUUGAGUACGAGAUGAACAAGAGCACCAGCCAACAGUUCUACGCAGACGCCCCGGCGGUCACCUGGAGCAUCUUGGGCAACACCUCGAACAAGACGGCUAUUUCCAGUAAUGGCACGCUGUUCUAUGCCGAGGAUGAGGAGGCUGCAGCGGUUGCGGUCGUUGCAUCUUCCACGACGGACAAGUCGUACGGGGGUCAGGGAUGUGUCAAUGUAGUGUCAUCUGUGUUAGCAUAG